AUGGGAUUCUACCGGGAGCGGGUGACCCCAGGAUCAGCAUAUAUCUGCCUGGAACGACGUCUUCACAAUGUCACCAACUACUUCCUCAUGUCACUUGCUGUGGCUGACUUGCUCGUCUCCCUGGUCGUGAUGCCUUUUGGGGCUAUCGCUGGCUUCCUCGGAUACUGGCCUUUCGGACUUGUGUGGUGCAACAUCUACGUGACAUGUGAUGUGCUUGCUUGCACGUCCAGCAUCAUGCACAUGUGUACGAUCUCGUUGGGCAGAUACCUGGGCAUACGCAACCCGCUAAAAACCAGGAGUAGCAGCAAGAAGACGGUGGCAGUGAAGGUGGUCCUGGUGUGGCUCUUGGCGAUGCUCAUCACGUCUUUCAUCACCGUGCUGGGCAUCGUGGACACGGCGAACAUCAUGCCCACCGAGGACGUCUGCGCCAUCAACAAUCAGGCGUUCUUCAUCUUCGGUUCCCUCUGCGCCUUCUACAUCCCUAUGGUGAUCAUGGUCGUGAGCUACGCCCUCACCGUUCACCUGCUGAGGAAGAAAGCGAAGUUCGCAAGCGACGCGCCGGCAGGGAAGGCUCGGACGAUGGGUCGAUAUCGGUCCGUUCGUCGCAAGCCACAGCAGCCGCCGCACUCGUUCACGUUCACCCCGAGGUCGUCCUACCGAGGGACCUACUCGAACGGCCACACGGGCCACUACGAAUUCUCGAACAUCCACAAGUGCGAGCAGGCUACGCAGACGCCCGAGUCCAUCGCCCGUGAGACGAGGAACUUUAAGUUGAAAGCUCUCCGGCUGCAGCUGGUGGGGACGGCCGCGUGGCACCUCCGCUUCCUGCCGUCGAGGAAGAGAGACGCCCUGGCUGCCAACGCCGUGGCCAACGAGCAAAAGGCCUCCAAGGUCUUAGGACUCGUGUUCUUCGCCUUCGUCAUCUGCUGGACGCCCUUCUUCAUCCUCAACAUCUACUUCGCCGCGUGCCCCACGUGCCAGGUCUCGGACCACCUCGCUAACGUGUGCUUGUGGCUCGGCUACGUCUCCUCCACAAUCAACCCAAUCAUUUACACAAUCUUCAAUCGAACAUUCAAAGCUGCGUUCAUCAAGAUCUUAAAAUGUGACUACAACUUUGAUCACCGCCACGUCAGGUCACACUCGAUGUCUGACAACAUGCCUGGACCCUACGGAGGGCCGACGGCGUCAGCUGUGGCGACCCCUUGCUCCAUACGCACGCUGUCUACUUACGUCAAGAGCCCGAGCUACCCGCACACACUCACCAACCCGGAACAGGAACAAGAACACGAAUGUUAAACGCCGAUGCGAAAGUCUGUUCUCUAUUAUACAGACCGUGUUCCUCAUGGACGCAAAACAGACGCAGAUUAAACAUAGUGAUUGUUACAUUAUCAUCUGUGUGCUCAAGAAUCCCGAGAGAUAUAAAGUUAAACAGUAAAUCAUGAUUGCCUUUCACGUUAACGUACACGCACAAGUGGUCAAAAUAAAUAUUGAUCUUCCAUUGUCAAUAGAAGGAAAUAGUUAAAACUGGCUGGAGGAACACGUAUUCCCACUUUAUGAAUGAACUACCCGUAUGUGCUUCAUGGUUUCCAGCCACUAACGUAUGUAUGUAUGCUUCCUUUGUUACACAGACAUAUUUAUUAUCCCCUUCAUGAUUAAACGUUUAUUUAUUCAUGUGAAUUAUUUUUCUUGCAACAAUUUUUGUACUUGAAUCUCAUUGCUCGUGUCUGUGUAUUCUUGUAUCUAUAGCUCUUAACGAUGUUACAAACAUGAUCUCAAAAAACAGACAGUCGAAUGGCUCUGAAUUUGCCUGGAGAAAGAUUCUUAAUUUCUAUCGUUUAUUGAUAUAUAUAAAAAAGAAAAUACUCGUCGGAUUAAUGAUUGUUACUGAAUCAGUAGAGAUAAUGGGUUUAUUCCGCAAUAUUAGAAAUUGCCAGGCAAAUCAUUAUAAUGAUAGAUGAUGAUUAUUAAAACUUAUUUUCACUACAGUUCCAAAUACUGUAAAUGUUUCCUCAGGGAAGUGCAAGAACUUUGAAUUAACUACAGUGCUUGAACUUGGGUUCGUUUAACUGACUAAAGAAAAUGCGAACCUACUCGUAAAGUGGAUAGAAAAUUGACAUAUCAUUCCUUAUCGAAUCAUAAGAGAUUAGAGAACAACUUCGCUUAUUCUUCUCGCCAUGUUUUCAAAACAGGUUGCGCCAUGUUGACAACGGAGGCGUAAUGAACAGGGUCACAGA